AUGGCAACGGGCAGCCACGAGCGCGGCGCCGAUUGGCCGACAUCCGGAAGUCCCGCCCCAAAGGGACGAGUGGCGUUUCCGCAGCCAAUCGGCGCCGCGCUCGGGGCCGCCCGUUGCCAUGGCGCCCCGCCGCCCCGCGGCCCGGGCCCGCGCCGCAUGGAGGCGGCGGCCGCCGCGCCGGCGGAGCCGCCGGUACCGGCGGAGGACGUCCGGCGCUGGCUGCGGGCGGAGGGCGCGGAUCCCGGCGACCCGGCGGAGGAGCAGCUGGGCCUGGCCUGGCGGCUGCUGCGGCGCGCCGAGGCGCGGCUGGGGGAGGCGGAGCGGCGGCGGGCCGAGGAGCUGAGAGAAGUGGAGCGUUACGUGGGUCACGUCCGCGGGCUGAGCCAGGAGCGGGAUGCGGCCGUCGCGGAGUGCGAGCGGGACAACGAGCGGCUCGGGAUGGAGCUGGCGCGGCUGCGGCUGCAGCACGAAGCCCAGCUGAAGGAGGUCCAGGAGAUGCUGGAACAGGAAGGCUUGUCCGAAAUAGCUCACAGUAAUGCCAGUGAACAGAUUGCUUAUUUACUGGUGGAAAGAACGGCGCUGCUGGAGAAACUGCAGGUCGCAGAUCAGAAACUGAACUCACACAGUUGUGUAGACAGGCUGUGUGCUGCACAGCUUCAGGAUGAAUUUGCCCACAUUCAUCAGGAGUUGGAAGAUGAACUCCAGCAACAGCGUGAAUCCAUGCAGCAUGCUGAAGAUACAGUAAAUGAGCCCUACAGGAGAGAGCUGGAGAGGGAACAGGCAUCACGUGUGAGAGUAGAACAAGACCUGGCUGAGGCCACACAGAGGCUGCUGAUGGCUCACAAAGAGAUCCAGAGGCUGACAGAUGAGCUGGCUGCACAGGGAAAGGAGCAGAGCAGAGUAGGAGCUGCCCAGUGGUCAGUGCUGCAAGAUUCUGGGAGCCAGGGAGAAGGCAUGGAUGAAUGGAGGCAGGAUGACAGGACGGAGCUGCAGAAGGCCAUGGAGCACAACAGCAGGCUGGACAAGGAAAUUCUGGCUCUGCGUGCACGGGUCCAAACACUCGACUUGGAAAGAAAAACAUUCCUUGAACUGGUUGAACAGCUGAAAGAGGAGAUCAGUGAGUAUCAAAAAGGCGAGAAACGGGGAUUCCUCCUACCCACACCAGGCAAGACUGAAGAAAUUGCAGCUUGCUCACUGCAGGGCACAAAGGAUGAAGGGAAAGUUGAAGAGGAUUGUAUUACAGGCAAAGCUGGCUCAGAUCAAGAAGACAGAUGUCAGGGCAGUGAAACUCUUCAUAAAAGGUGUCGAGAGGUGAUUGAAAACAUCGAGGGCAGGAAUUCACAGCUCCUUCACAAGCUGCACAAACUUGAGCAGGAGCACGAGGAUUUGGUAGAGCGCAAUGAAGAGCUGGAAUCAAUUCUGGGAGAGACACAAAUCCAAACAAAGCAGGACAAGGAACAGUUUGAGAGUGAGGUGGAGGGACUUCACCGGAAAAUCACGAGUUUAGAGAUGGAAUUGCUUGAAGUGCAGAAGAACAAAACAGAGAUGAGUGGGGAAGAGCAGGCAUCCAAUGGAGCACAGGAGAUGCAAGAGAUGCUGCAAAGCUGUCAGGAAACGAUAGAAAAGUUGGGAAGUCAGCUGGGAGAGCGCAGAGAAUGGAGGAAACAACUUGCAUCUGAACUUGAGCUGUUAAGAGAAGAUCUGAAGGCUGAGAAGAAGGACUUGCCUAACACAAAACCAGAGCUUAAAAGCCAGAGUGUCCAAAGAACUUCAGCAAGCAGAGAUUUCAUUAAUGCUUCCCACGAGAGGCUACAAAAAGAUAAUGCUCUACUAGAAACAGAGGUCUCUGAGCUUGUCCGAGAAAAUGAGCAGGUUAACAAACUUCAGCAGCAACGGGAAGAUGUGAGUAUGGAUGGAAAGGCGUAUGAAGAGCAGAUGGCUAAAGUGGUGUUUUUGGAAGAGCAGAUCCGGAACCUGACAGAUGAACAAGAACAGCUCUGUUCUGAAUUACUUGAAAGCAACAAGAAGAGGGAGGAGCUAGAAAAGCAGCUGAAGGAGAGCAAUGAAGAAAAACAGUCACUGAUGGAAAAAAUUGCCCAGCUAAAGCAAGAUAUCCUGACUACCAGGGAGCAGCAUGAAAACACAUUUGAGGAGGCUUUGAGGAUGAAUCAAGGCAUGGUCCAUAGAGACAACAGGCUUCUUAUGUCACAGAGCUCUGCAGGCAGUUUAGAUGGGAGCAUCAAACAGAGUAUAUCUGAAGAGAGAUUCCAACAGCAGGAGGAAAGGCUGCAGCAGCUGCGACACGACCUGCGUCGGGUGCAGAACUUGUGCAGCUCAGCUGAGAGGGAACUGAGAUACGAAAGGGAGAAAAACAUUGACUUACAAAAGCAAAACCUCUUGCUUCAGCAGGAAUGCACCAAGGUCAAAGCUGAACUGAAGCAAGCCCGGACAAAGCUCUUGGACACAACUGAAACGUGCUCCUCUCUGUCAGCAGAGUGGGAGAAGAGCCAGCAGAAGGUCAAAGAACUCGAACAAGAGCUCUUGAAGUGCUCCAAGGCUGAGAAAUUGCAGAGCGGUCUGCAAGAGAAACUUGUUCAGGAGAAAUCCAAAGUGUACGAAGCACAAAAACAGCUCUCAAAGAUCCAGCAAAAGCUGAAGGAUUCACAGCACCAACUCCUGCUAGCAGAAGCCCGUGUUUCUGACAAGAAACUCCUGGAGGAGGAGCUGAAGGAAGCUCGAGAAAACGAAGCUCGAGUGCAGCAAGAGCUCCGUGAGGAGCUGCUGAAAAGGAAGCUCCUGGAGCAGCAGGUGGAGGAACUGCGGCAGCAGCUGCGGCAUUCCCAUGAGACAGAGGUAUCACUGGCCAAGAUGCACGUGGAGCUGCAGGCCAAGACUCUGCACGCCUUGGAAGAUGACAAAAAAACUGACUCAGGCGAGCACCUUCAGUGUCAAAAGGAGAGCCAGAAGCUUUCAGAGCAACUCUCGCUACUGAAGGAGGAAAACAAGGCUCUUUAUGAGGAAGGAGUCCGUCUCCUGAACCAGAAGGAUCUAUAUGUCAGGAAAUAUAAUGAAAUGCAGCUCCGCCACAAAGACAAGAUCCGCAGAGCCAAAGCAACGUUUAUCCAUGAGGUGAAACAAAGGGACAGCAGAAUUAAGCAGCUUGAAAAUGAGCUCAGUGAGUCAAAACUCCAGGUGGAAAAGGGGAAGGCACUGAUUGCACAGAUCACUACUGAGAAUGAGAAGUUACUCCAGGAAAGAAGACGGCUCCUCCAGAGGAUAACUGAUCAAGAGGAGACCCCUUGGAGCAACAGGGCUAUGGUUGCUGCCCUGCAGAGCAGAAUGAAGAUCCUGGAUGAGGAGAACAUGAGGCUGCAUGAGAGCAAACUCCAUCUCUCUGGCCAUGUGCAGCCCUCGCAGCGCGCGCUGAGGAGCAUCCACACUCCCAACACAGAGGACUUGAAGAGUGCCAACUUUUCUGAACGACAGCUACAGAGUAAGGUGUUGGCGUCGUCUCCCCGUGCCAGUUUCCCACCACGAGAACCACCAGACUCCCUGAGCAGCCUGAAGCCUGUGCACGAUGCCAAGCCUGAAGGAGGAGCUGAGAGCCAGGAUUCAUCCUUUUGCUUAUCCCCCUCUCAGCCUUCAGAGAUUGGGUACCUGAAUGUAGCCUCACCUGGAGACACCACAGCCUCCCAGUUGCAGGAGGAGAGUCAGAGCAUCAGCUCUGAGAACUUCUAACCUGGGAAAGACAUUUGUAAAGUACAGACUGGUAGGGCUGCCAGGAUUUGGGCUCCAGUUGCCAUCCAGCAUUAAGGAUUGCAAGAAGGAAUGUUGCCAAAUGACUUGCUUGGUGAUUUCUGUGGUAACUAAAUUAUUCAACAGCUUUUUUUUUAAUUAGCCAACACUAAAUGUGUGCGUGUCAUCUCAGACCUACCCGGAGGCUGGAAUUUCCAGACAAACUCAAUACAAUAGAAGAAGAGGGGGUGGGGUGAGACACGUGUUUUCCUGAAUCCAAAUUCCCUGCAAACAUUGUAAAUAAAACUUGGAUUUUCCUGUGCUUGGCUGUGCAUCCAUGUUUCUCCAUUCCCCUCUGUCUGUGCUCAGGUUCUGCUUGCUUUGGCAUGCUCUUACCUCUCACUUCAGCUCUGUGCAAGCAUAGGGAGGGGGACAGGAGGGGUCUGAGGUUUGGAGGGAAAUAACUUUUACAGGGGGAGGAAUGGAGGGCAUCUGAGCACUGUAUGGGUAGUGAGAAGGGCCAUUGAAGGAGGAGGAAGGAAUUUGGCUGCAGAGGGAAUGGGGAGGGAGCUCUGAGUGCAAGGAGGAGGGGAAAAGGAAUCAGAGCAAAAAGGGUGAUGGAGGGGCUGAAGAAAUGGAAUUUGGAACACAGGUGGUAAAAGGAGGGUAUCUAAAUCUGCAGAGAGGGAAAUAGAGUAGAUCUGAAUGCUCACAAGCAACAAUGGAAUGCACCCAUGGAUAGGUGGGAGUGGAAGGAGCAGAUUGUGCACAGGGAGUGGGGAGGGGAUCUGUGUAUGCAAAGAGGGAGGCAGAAAAGUUUGGGGCAGGUGCUGUGAGAGAGCAAAUGGGAUCCUGGGCUCCAUCAGAAGAGGGGUGGCCAGCAGGGACAGAGAGGUGA